ACAAUCGUCUCAACUCUCAAGCGACCCCAAAAGAACAUUACUCGAAUGCUACUGAAGAAGAAGACAACAGCAACGAUGGAAGAUCACGGUUCGCUCCUUUACCGUGACAUGGUAGGUAAACAAGGUUUCUUCGAUGAAAUCGACUAUGAAGUUUCUUCGAUCUUGUUGGAACUCUCGCACCCCGUCGUGUUCUCUUCCGACCCUCCUCUUUUUCAUAAAUGGGGCCGCACUAAAAAGAGGUCUUCUACCGUCUUCCUUCGUCCGCCGAAGAUUUCGCCGUCGUGUGCGGAGGUCGCCGAGAGGGGAAGUACCUCGAGUUCGUCGUGUUUAACCGGCGAUGCAAAGAAGACAUAUCCUCAAAGCAUGAUGAAAGGUUCUAUGACAAGUCAUAGCUCGAAGCUGAAGAUUACUUCUCCGCCAAAAGCAUCAUCGUGUUCGGUUCUCGAGACCGAGACGGGUUUAAUUAGGGCGGCGCAAGUUGGGUCGCUACUAGCCCAGCCCAUUGGAGAAAACCUGCCUGAUCUACAACCGUUGACAUACGUUGGUGAUCCUACGGACAACAAGAGAGAUAACUCGGAGCCACGUGGCUUUGAUCUGAACCUUCCAGCAGAAGAAGAAGGUAACCUUAUAGCCACCACAACGAUUGUUGAUUUUGAGAGUGCAGGGACUAAAGCUCGAGCAGCUGCUCAAGCAAGACAAAAGAGAUUAGGGCUAAUUAGAUCUAAGAAGCGUUUUUAGUAGAUUCUUCUUAUCUUCAUACCAAUUCAAGUAGGAAUGGGAGGAAUUAAAAAAAAAAUCUUUCUGGAAAGAUUUUGUUGCUAAUAUAUAAAUAUAAUACGAAUAAUG